CGCGGGACACGGCGGCGGGGAGCGGGCGGCCUCAGCUCGCAGCGGAGCGGUGGCGGCGGCCGGGCGCACCAUGGACUCGGCCCUGGAGGGGUACGAGCUCAACGGUGACCUGUGGCCAGACUCGCCCGGCGCCCCGGACGCCCGGAUUCCAGGCUGACAGGGUCCUCGCCACCUUCUAAAAGGUGACGUGGCCGCAGGGUCACCAGAGGCCAGUGCUGAGCCCACAGGAAGUGGGUGUGCCCAGCCCACAGCCAGCUGCCUCCGGAAACACCCCCUCUGUCCUCCACCAGACUUCCUGCCUGGAGCAGGUCUUGGUAGGAGGUUCCAGGGAGGCUCCUGGCAGCUGGGGAGGCAGGCAGCGGUUCCUAUGGGCGUGUACAUAUGUCCCUCGCGCUGGGGCCGCAGCGGGCCCAUCAACGUGAACCACUACGCCAACAAGAAGAGCGCGGCCGAGAGCAUGCUGGACAUCGCCCUGCUCAUGGCCAACGCCUCCCAGCUCAAGGCCGUCAUCGACCAGGGCCCCAGCUUCGGCUUCUUCGCGCCCCUCGUGGCCCUCAUCUCCAUCUCCCUGGUGCUGCAGAUCAGUGUGGGCGUGCUGCUCAUCUUCCUGGUCAGGUACGACCUCAACAACCCAGCCAAGCACGCCAAGCUGGACUUCCUCAACAACCUGGCCACCGGCCUGGUCUUCAUCAUCGUGGUGGUCAACAUCUUCAUCACGGCCUUUGGCGUGCAGAGGCCCGCGGCGGACCUGGCACCGCGGCAGUAGGCCGGUGCCCAGCCGACACCACCACAGCCACUCGGACCCCAGGAGCGGCCUCAGCCGUGGGCCCCGCCUGGGCACUGCACCCUGAGAACGCCAGAGCCAGGACCGGGCUGGACGACACUCACCAGUGAGCCCUGCUCCACCCGCGGCUCCUCCCCCUGAAGCAGGGGCAGCGAGGCCAGAGGAGGAACGACCCCAAGGAGGGCCGUGGCCACAGACACGCGGCAGGCCGAGGAGGGCGGCCAGGCCAGGGACAUUGUCUUGGGACAUUUCCA